AUGGAAAAACUGCUCCUGUCUAAAGGAUAUCAACUUGGGAACACGAUCGGGGAGGGGACUUAUUCCAAAGUGAAGGAAGCUUACUGCAGAAACCAGCAGAGGAAAGUGGCCAUCAAAAUCAUCAACCGCCAGACAGUACCAAAGGAUUUCAUCCACAAAUUUCUCCCACGAGAACUGCAAAUAGUACAGAACUUGGAUCACAAAAAUAUCAUUAAGGUUCACGAAAUCUGGGAGAGCGAUGAUGGCAAGAUCUGUAUAAUCAUGGAGCUUGCAGAAGGUGGGGAUGUUCUGGAACACAUCAAAAAGGAAGGGCCGUUACCAGAAGAACUGGCAAAAACCUUAUUCCGUCAACUUGUAGCAGCAAUUCGAUACUGUCACGACUGUGGUAUUGCUCAUAGAGAUCUGAAGUGUGAGAACACACUGCUGGAUAAAAGCUUCAAUGUGAAGUUGGCAGACUUCGGCUUCGCUAAGAAUUUCCGGACCGGGACAGCUGAGUUAAGCAAGACAUUCUGCGGUAGCACAGCUUACGCUGCACCCGAGGUUCUCCAGGGAGUUCCACAUGAGAGCAUCAAGAGUGACAUCUGGAGUAUGGGCAUUGUGUUGUACAUCAUGCUGUGCGGACACCUGCCUUUCGAUGACUCCAACAUUCCCAAGAUGUUGUGGCUGCAGCAGAAUGGGGUGGCAUUCCCACAGCACCUGGAGCUGAGCCGGGAAUGUCGAGACCUUGUUGGAAGAUUGUUGGAACCCGAUUGCAGUCUGAGACCUCCAAUCCAGGAGGUCUGCUUCCAUCCAUGGUUAUCAGACAGCCAAUAA